CAGAGACACAAUGAGUUAGUCGCCGAUCAUGAAACGAUUAGUAGCAAGCCGAAGUUGAAAACUUUAUUUGCCAUGGAGAGAGAGCUUGGAGAGACUUAUACUCGGUCUAUUUUUUAUAAAUUUCAAGAAGAGUUGUAUUAAAGCACCAUUUAUACUGCAAUUCUUUUACAAAAGAUGGAAGGCCUUUUCAUUUACAAUGUUGGAGUAUGUGAAGGAACAUCUCCUGAACGGCUAGUUGAAUUCGAGAUGGAAUCUAAACAAGCAAAAUGUAGUUGCUUGAAAUUUGAAUUUGAGGGCAUACCAUGUAGGCACAUAUUAUGCAUACUACGACAAUCUCGGAUACCCAAUUUGCCAGACCACUAUAUUUUGAAAAGAUGGACAAGGGAUGCUAAAAUGGAUUUUGUUUACGAUGCAAGUGGUGUGGAGUUAAAUAGAGAGAAACAUGAAUCGUAUGCUCUUCGAUAUAGCAAUUUGUUAGACAUUUCUAGAAAUCUUGCCAAAGAAAGUGCUAAUUUUAAAGAGACAUAUCAUAUAUGCAAAGAAGGGUUACAAGAUAUUCUCAAACGAGUUCAAGAACAGAAGUUAGUUGCUGGCGAGACAUUGGUGCUUAAAAAUAAGAAACAAAUAAAGAAGAUUACUAAAGUAAUCAUUAAAGACCCAGUGCGUGCUAAAACUAAAGGAAGUGGAAAAAGAUUAAUUUCUGAAAGGGAAAAGGUUGCUCGUAAGAAAGAUAAAAGAAGAUGCAAUGGAUGUGGGAAAUGGGGUCCUGGCCAUGACAAACGUAAUUGUCCAAUAUGGAAAAAACUAAUAAGAUCUCCCUCGUGCCAAGAACCAUCAAUGAAUGAAGUUGAUAUGCGUGAAGAACCAUCAGAUGACGAGCUUGAUAUGCAUGAAGAACCAUCGGAUGACGAGGUUGAUAUGCAUGAAGAACCAUCGGAUGACGAGGUGGAGACAUUAGGUCAUGACACACCACUAUCUUAAUAAUGUAAUCAAUAGCAACUUUUUAAUUUACUCAUUUACUUGGUAAUUAUGUAACUAUGACUACAAAAAACCAUGCAUAUGAAACUCAAGAGUAGUUAAUGAUUAUUUGAAUGAAUUUUUCAUAAAUUUGUUAUUAAAAAAAUAGUUUAUUUGCAUUAUGAUUAUUAAUUAGGAUAAUAUUU